UUGAUGUAUUUUAAAAGUGACAAUAUUUAGAAAUAAUCUAUUUUUUUAUUUAUUAUAAUACGUAGAGAAUUUCUCAAAUAUGGAAAGAAUACCUGACGAAGUAUUGGAAUUUAUUUUGGGUUUCCUACCACCCUAUGAUGAUCUUCAAAAAUGUCUAUUGGUCUCGAAAAGAUGGGCACAAUGCGCUAGAAAUGUCAUAAAUAAAACUUCAAUAGACCUCUAUCGUGCUAUUGUUGAUUUUGAUAUAAUUUGGGACUCAAUAAGUCCUAUAGAUUUAGCAAAUACCAUUGCAAAAAGAUAUUCACAUUCUACAGUCGUUGAUAAAAAUUCAAUGUAUGUGUUUGGAGGCUGCACUUGCACAUCAACUACAUUUAAUGAUUUAUGGAAGUUUAAUUUGUCUACAAGGCAAUUUGAAAGAUUGCUGACGACUGGCACCUAUCCGUCUCCUAAAGCAUGUGCUUCUAUGGUAUGUCAUAAUAACACAUUAAUUUUAUUUGGAGGCUGGGCACAUCCUUCUCCAUAUCCACUUCACCAGUCAUGGAAAUUAUUUGACGAGUUACAUAUUUAUAAUAUAAACCAAAAUCGAUGGCUUAAACAGAUCGGUCUAGAUGACAUGCCACCCCCAAUGGCAGGUCACUCUGCUACUGUCCAUAAUAAUAUAAUGAUUGUAUUUGGAGGAUUACAGAAACAUCAUGGUGCUUUUGACUCGCAAUUCAGUAGUUCAAAUGAUAUUUGGUGUUUGGACCUAAUUACAUUCUUGUGGUAUAAACAGUCAACAUCUGCAGAGAAACCUAUGCCAAGAUAUGGUCAAUCACAAAUUUACUUAGAUAGUGAACAUCUUUUAAUAAUAGGAGGUUGUGGUGGAACUAAUCUGAUUUACUCAGAUUGCUGGUUAUUAGCAAUGAAUUCAAAUAUUUGGAAAUGGCGAAAAGUGCAAAUUUUCAAUACUUCUAACGGCCCAGCAAAUAUUUGGUGUAACCAAGCAUGCAAAGUUGGAGAUAAGUUAGUAAUAUUAAGUCAAGGAAAAAUUAUUGGUACCCCACUAAGUUUGUCAUGCAAAUGGAAUUUACCCAACCAGAUAAAAGGACCACCUCCUAACAGAUUAGAAGAUGAUUUCUAUGAAGAUGAUAACGAUAUUCCUAUAAGAUUCAUAGUGAUCCCUGAUAAAAAAUCUAAUUCUCUGGAUAUAGAUGAGAACAUUAAUGGAAAGUAUGGACAAUUGCAAAGUAAAAAUAAAUCAAAUACAGAAAAAAAAUCAGAACCUAGUACUAGUAAAAGUCAAAUAAUAUUUGUAGAGUCAGACGAAGAUAGACCUAGUACUAGCAAAGACAAUUUACAACCUGGAUUACAUAAUAAAAAUAAUUUAAGAAGAGGAGGAAUGUUAGCAUCUAAAAACAAGCACUCACAGAACAAUAAUCACUCUGAAAGAUUGAGGAGAUUAGAUGUUGUAUCUCAGAGAUUAAAAAGAUAUGAAGAAGUUUUAAAACGAGGAUAUUUAGUUCAACAGUUAGACAUAGAAAAAUUAAGAAAAAAAGUAGAAGCUGAAAAGAUUCCGACAAAGAAACAUAAAAGAAAUCAGCUAUCUAUUUUUGUGUUAGAUAUAUCAAAUGUUAAUUCAGAAGAGUGUUCUGCAACUUGGAUGCAGAAUGAUAAAAACAUAAUAUCAAAGGAAGCACCGGAAGAAACUAUAUUGUACAGCUUAGUUGCUGGUAAAGGAGAAUUAAUAAUGUUUGGUGGAAUACAAAGGGAUGCUACCAGUUGCAUGUUAAAUAUUGCUAGCACAACAGAGCAAGUAUCAAAUACUUUACAUUUUAUAAGAGCUCCAAAAUGUGUGAUUUGAUGACUAAUUUUUUUUUUUUGACU